CAAAGAGCGCUAGUACCAGUAUAGAUUGUAAACUUCUUUCCUACUCCUUGAGUUAUCUCAGACAAGCAACCAUCAUCCACUUGAGAAUCAUGUGAUCUCACCAACAUACAUGAACUUAGCCUUAAAUUUCAUGCAUCAUUUGUGGGAGGACUUAUCGUCCCUAAAACCAAACUUGUGUGAUUUUCAUGCACAUGCAUGCUUUGUUUCAGCAUCAUCUCCAUUGUAUUGUGUACGUAUAUACUAGUCUCUUUCGAAUUCAAUAGCUAAACGUUCUCAAUUUCCACGCAAGUUCGGGCAGAGUUGUCGUCAUGACCACGUUGUGAGUGAUUGCAAUCAAGAGAAAAAAGAAAACAAUAAGAGGGUUUGAUCCAUUUGCUCUGGAUUUUGGCAUGUCAGGCAGCAGGAGCGUUGCUGCUCAGUCACUGGAAUUGAGGGUUUUGAAUAGAAAUCAUGCGUGUGAGAUCUCAUCAGAUACAACUUGUUCUGGGAAAAGGAAUCACGAGAGGAAGAUGCGCGUCAACAGCAAGCUAGUUAAGCAACUGGACGAGAGAUUGGGAAUUCUUGAAGAUGAAGGUGAAAUCCUCAAGGGAGAAUUCAUGAGAAGCAUGCAAGAAAGGGCAGAAUUAAUCGAUGAGGUUCGCAAUCACUUUGAGGAUAUGCAUUAUUAUUUUCGUCUCAAAAGCCAAGAAUGCGGAGACAUUUCCUCCCAAGGAGCUUUGACCAUUGAACCUCUCAAGAAGGAGAGGAGUGGCCUUUUACAACUACUGUGCCAAGAAUCAAAUCCAUCACUUUUAACCAGAACCCUGAGUGCCCUCGGGUCAGCUCGGUGAAUCUUCGGGGUAUUUUUCGUGAGGCGAGGUAUUCAAGUUCAAGAAAAUUAGUCCGGCAAAAUUGGAAUACUCCGAUUGAAAAAAAACAAAAAAAAAAAAGACUAGAAACUGAGUGCUCAAGCAGGACCCAGCUAAAUAUAUGACCAGUUCCCAAGCAUAUAAAAUAGUAUACUAGUAUUUGAGGAAUAAUGAAAUUCUUCCAAGGCCAUGGGAAUUUUGCCAAGCUUACUCAAUGUUUUGCAUUUUUGGCAUCACUUGAGACUUGGAUGUCUAAAAAUUUCUGUUCCAGAUCUCUUCUAUCAGUUGUACCUUUAACGAGCUUAUGAAUAAAAUAACGAUCUGUUCAAGAAUUUUGCUCC